AGAGCACAUUUGAUAAUGUUUUACCUUUACUGCCAUUCACUGGUAAAUCCUGCUCAUUUGUCCCUGGCUGUGAACACAAUGUAUUUCUUACCUGGCUGAAAGCUGUUUGUAGACACACCUUGCUAUAUUCCACAGUCACAGCAGCCCAAUGGAGUAUUCGCCUACAUUCCAGACGUUUACCAUCAACAAUGAGUCCAGAGAUGCUGGAGAUAGCUGUCAAAAAAAUAUCAGAAUGGACCUCUUUGUUCAUAUUUCACUUAUCCCUGCGGUUCUCAUUACGCUCUUGUUAUCCUUUUUGCAAAAGCGUGCAAUGCACCAGAAAUCGAUUGAUAAGGUUCCACUGGGCAAGCGAUUUGGCAUAGUUGUGCCAGUGAACUUUAUCAGCAGCCACUCAAACAGAUGGUCCUAUGGCGCUGCUUGUGGAGCAACCGCGACUACAGUGUUUCUCUUGUUUUUCAAUAAGUAUUCAGGCUACUUCCACUUUAAGGCUCCUACUUGGGCUCAAGCUCUUGUUUAUCUUCUCUCUGCACUGGAGGUUGGCAUGGACUAUUAUCCUUUCUUUGCAUGUCUAUCAUCAAACCAUAAACUGAUUGCUUCGUCUCUGGGAUUUUGCUAUGCACUGAGCUGGUUCUGUGUACAGGUUGCAGAUUUGUUUGAAUGCCAUCAGAUAUCUGAUAAAUCACUCAUGUUAAUCAUCACACCUAUCCCAUCGCUGGUCUCCUGUCUCUUUCUGAUGGGAAAAUUUCUGCACACGCUGGUGAACGCGAUUCGCCUUCUUUAUAGAUCUGAAGAAGAACAGGACACUGAGGAGCCUUUGUUACCAAACCAUCUAUCAAGCUACGUUAGACAUCUCCUAAAACCUGCGCCAGAAAAACAACCUACUCCAAGCUCCCGGAUUGAACAGAAGAUAUAUGUUUGGGAUCCAUACUUUAAAUUCCCUACAAGAAUGAUAGUCACAGUCGUGCUAUGCGUGACCUGCUUGUACAAUUUUGUUCUUCUAGAUCUGUUUUUUGCACCCAAACUUGUGCAAGGACUUGAUGAUAUGACGUUGGAAGCUGUGAACCUUACAUAUGUCAACCGAACAAAGAUGUACUUACAAAUAUUACAAGAUAAUUGGUUUUAUUCCACCUUCCCUUCCAUCUUCACAAGUGCCAUUUAUAUUGUUCACGUGCUCUCCUGCUACAGGAACCAAUUAAAGAAACUUUAUAGAGGUACGUCGGAGGUGUCCUUUACAAAUAGUCCUCCUGCUGUUCUGGCAGCGAGUAUACGAUACACAGGAAAUCAGAUUGCAUACUUGCUAUGGGGAUAUUUCCUUCUGCAUAUUAUCUUCUUCCUCAUUGGACUGUUUAUUUCAUUUGUGUUCGUUAUCCCAAUACGUGACGGAAAUGGAAUGAUGGUUCUGGAAGGCUUGGGUUACACGCUACUGGGGUUAGUACUGCUUUUGGCCGUCACGUGUGCUCAAAUACUGGCAUCACAAUUCUGGUUUCUUCAAGACAAACUCUCUCCAACGGACAAAGCCAAACCCCUGGCCAUUAAUAACAGGAGAGCAUUUCAGAACUUCAGCUAUUUCUUCAUGUUCUACUCUGCUAUCUUGGGAUUUGGAACUUGUCUAAUAAGAGUCACGCUCAAUGUUUUCCUGGGGAGCUGGUUAUUGGCAAGGAUUGAUCGUCCCAUCUUUCCGAGAGGCUAUGAGGUGGCUGAUAUGGGAUACAGCACAUGGGUUGGAAUGCUCCAGGUUGACCUGUAUCACACUCACCCUGUAACGCUGUCCUUCUGUCACUUUCUCCUACAAGAUUCCGCUUCCAGAAUGCAACAGUCCAGUCCAGAUGUGCUCCAGGACUGCAGGAAAAAACAAGGUCGGACAAAAUGGCAUCUGGCCUAUACACUGAUCAACAAUCCAACAUUGAUCCUGAGCAGGAAGCAGAAUAAAUCCUCCUCUGUUCCCAACCCUCAAAGACAGUACGCACUGGAGAGGUUACUGAUUUCGGCUGUACUUUCCCGCUAUCAGACACAGACAGAACAAGACAAUGGACACUUCACAGAAACAAUUGGUCGGGACCUUUAA